AUGCCAAGUGCAUCGAAUACAAAUGAAGUCAAUGUAGAUAUGAACGAUCGGCUAGAUGAUAUGAUUCGUGAUAUAGGCCCAGAGUCUUUCCAGCGGGCACAUAUGUAUGAUAAUUUGUGCAAAGAUAGAGAAGAGACUUUGUAUCCGGGGUGCAUUAACUUCACACGGUUGUCUGCGGUGUUAAGAUUGUUCAACUUGAAGGCGAGAAAUGGAUGGACAGAUAAAAGCUUCACUGAGUUACUUGAGUUGUUGAAGGAAAUGCUCCCAGAAGGUAACACAUUACCCAAUCGUAACUACGAGGCAAAGAAGAUAUUAUGUCCGAUGGGUAUGGAGUAUAAGAAAAUACAUGCAUGCCCUAAUGAUUGUAUAUUAUAUCGAAAUGAGUUUGAAGAGUUGAAGAGGUGCCCUAAGUGUGGACUAUCACGCUAUAAAGAGAAGGACAAUGAGUUCAAUUAUGAUGAAAGCAUACAACGUCCUCCUGCGAAGGUGUUAUGGUAUCUUCCAAUAAUUCCAAGGCUUAAACGAUUGUUCAAUAACGUAAAUGAUGCAAAGAAUCUAAGAUGGCAUGCAGAAGAGAGGAAAUGUGACGGGUACAUUCGUCAUCCGGCCGAUUCAUUACAAUGGAAGAAAAUUGACACUUUGUAUCCGGAAUUCGGGAAUGAGCCAAGAAACCUUAGGCUUGGACUUGCUACAGAUGGAAUGAGCCCAUAUGGGAACUUAAGUAGUAACCACAGUUCAUGGCCCAUUCUCUUAAUGAUCUACAAUCUACCUCCUUCAAUUUGCAUGAAACGCAAAUACAUUAUGUUAUCUAUGAUGAUUUUGGGUCCAAAGCAACCGGGAAAUGACAUAGAUGUUUAUCUUAGUCCAUUGAUCGAAGACUUGAAAGUGCUUUGGGAGGAAGGUGUUAAUGUGUUUGAUGCCCAUUCUUGUAAUACAUUCAAGUUGCGCACGAUGAUAUUUUGCACCAUUAAUGAUUUUCCUGCAUAUGGGAAUUUGUGCGGCUAUAGCGUGAAGGGGCAUAAAGCAUGUCCCAUAUGUGAAGAACGCACUUGCUUCCAACAAUUGAAAAAUGGAAGGAAGACAGUUUACCUUGGGCAUCGUAAAUUUCUCAAACGAUUUCACCCAUAUCGGAGGUUGAGAAAAGCAUUUAAUGGACACCCAGAAAAUGAAAUUGCUCCAAAAGCCUUAACUGGAGAGCAAGUUUAUGAAAAGUUGAAAGAUGUCAAUGUUAUAUUUGGGAAGGACCAAAAACAAACCACUGAGAAAAGCAUAUGGAAGAAGAGGUCUAUUUUCUUUAAUCUUCCUUAUUGGUCUGGUCUAGAUGUUAGACAUUGUAUCGAUGUAAUGCAUGUUGAAAAAAAUGUGUGUGAUAGUGUAAUAGGAACACUUCUCAACAUUCAGGGAAAAACAAAGGAUGGUUUGAAUGCUUGUCUAGAUAUGGUUGAUAUGGGUAUAAGACAACAAUUAGCUCCAUAA